AUGGUUUCUAACAUCACCGUCGCCGUGGCCAUCGGCUUGAUAGUGACUGUGGGUCUUUGCGCUGUGCGGCAUUUCAGAGUGCGGUCGGUUGGUACUGAGGAGAGUGCGGAGCAGGAGGAGUUGAAUGAUGCUUCAUCCAAAGCGGACGGGGCAGAGUCGGAGAAGGACGACGAAGGCGACGAGGACGAGGAGACAAAUUACUUGGUCGAGAUCAGGGAUUUGAAAGCGCACGUCCAUGAGCUUGAGGAGGAAAAGAAGACACUCGAAGAUGACAACGCCUCACUGCAAGCUCUGUGCACUGCACCAUCCCGUGGAGAAGCGCGUACACAGCUUGACAGUGAAGAGAAAGAAACUCUUCUAGCCACAAUCUCGGACUUGGAAGCGGACGUUCGUGAUCUCAGAGAUGAGAAGAAAAGUCUUGAGGGCGACAGCACCGCCGAGAGCAUUGCGGAGUGCAAGCGACAGAUAUCCUUGCUCCAAGGCAAGAUGGCAGAAGCACAUCAGCGACUACGGAAUGCUAAGGAUGACCUUCAUCACAACGCGAUCGGCAUGGGCGAUGAUCAUGACCGUAAGCUGGAAUAUGCUAGAGAAGCGGUCGCCCGAGUGUCGAGAGAGAGGGAGGAACGGCUCGAGAUCCAGCUUGCCGAAGCAAGAAAGGAGAGAGAUGAUGCGAGGAGGCCGGAUCAUUACUACGUCGAGCAGAUUAGCGAGUUGAAGAAGCAACUUGAUGAGAAGACGAAGCUAUCUGAACAGCGUGAGAAGGAGGUCCAAAAGCUCCUGGCAUCGCAGGAGAACAAGAAUCGAGAACUCACCACCAAGCUGCAGAAGGAGACACGCGAUCAUAACAGCACUCGAAAUGAUCUGACCUCGAGGAACAAUGAGAUCGCCAAGCUCCAGACUGACGCCGCCAAUGCGAAGAAGCAGACUGAUGCUACGGAGGCGAACGCUCGAAGGCAGCUGGAACUGGAGCAGCAGGAGCACCAGAAGACGAAAGAUAGAGUUGGCAGAAGGGAUGCUUCUAUCGAAGAGCUGAACGAUGCCAACACCGAACUCCAAACACAGCUCAAGACCGCGGAGGACACAGCGCAAGAAGCCAUCGCCGACGAACGACGUCUAUAUGCAGAGACUCGUACAGAGCUCGACUCGAAGGAUAAGGAUAUCGUCGAGCUCAGCGAACAAGUCAAAACACUGGGCGAUGAGCUUUCUGCCGAGAAGACUGCUCGGGGGAAGGAAGUCGCCGAGUUUAACGGGAAGUUGACGACCCUACAGAAAACUCUUGAUGCUGAGAAGACGGCGAGAGAGAAUGAUGUGGCAGAAGAGGAGCGGAAAUAUCAGCUUCUUGAGCAGGAGAAGAAGGAUCUGGAUGAGAAGGUGGCGAAGGAAAGGAAGGAGAGUGAAGAGCGUGCGAAGAACCAGGCUGAUCGUAUCGCAGAGCUUGAGGAGCAAGCUGAGGAGAACAAGGAGGCUGAUGAGGUGAAGCAGAAGGAGAGCCAAGACCGUGCCAAAUCACAGGCUGAUCGUAUCGCUGAGCUGGAGCAGGAGGCUGAGAAGAAGAAGAAAGCUGAUGAGGUGAAGCAGAAGGAGCUCGAGCAGCAAGCUAAGAAGCAGAAGGCAGCUGAUGAGGCCAAGGAGACGGAGCUCAACAAGGUUAAAGCUGAGCUUACAGCUGCCCAGGAGAAGGUGAAAGACUGUUCGUGUCGACAGGGCUCGAUUUCGGAGCCCGGGGCUGGACCAAUCGCAAAGGCUAAAGGCAAGUCACAGCAGCUUUCUGAGGAGCAAAAGGUGGCUCUGUCCAUGCCGACGGGUUUGUUCGGCGAUGGUAACGCGACGACCUCGCAGCAGGCUACGACAGAGCGGAAGUUGUUUGGGUUCGGAGGCUCGGCAGCCUCGCAGCAGAAUGUGCAGCCACCGCCACCAGUACAGCCCGCCCAGCCAACUUCGAUUAAUUUCUGUGGCACAUCGACCUCGCAACAGAAUCUACAGCAACAGCCACCAGCACAGCCUGUCACUUCGGCCUUAUUUGGCUCUGCUGGCACGCCAGCCUCAGGAUCGAACGAACCAUCACAGCAGAGCCAGCCAACCCCUUUCGGCGCGAUAGCCUCCACCACAUUCGCAUCUGGCUUCGAUUUUGCACGUCCCAACAUACCUCGCCCCUCGCAGAGUGUGCCCAAAGCAGCAUCGACACACAGGAAGCCCGGUGCAAAGGCAGCUGUCAAGAAAGCUGCGGUAAACACCACGACUACUCAGGAACAUGCUGUCAUCCCACCCACGAAUGUGUUUGGCAAUGCUCCAUCUGUCACAUUCGGGCAGAACUCAUCCAAUGUUCCAGCGCCGAGCUCUGCAUUUGAACCGACCCAGAUCAUACUACAGCAUGAUACUGCCGCGGCAUCUUCGAAUCCAUUCCAGGGUACAUUCUUUGCGCCAUUUGCGCAGAACUCAUCGAAUGGUCCAGCACCGAGCUCUGUGUUUGUACCAACUCCGGUGGUUCCGGGGACUACAUCGUCGAACCCGUUCCAGAGCAACCCUUUUGCGCAACUCGGACAGAACUUGCUUAAUGAUCCGGCGCCGAUCUUUGCACAAACACCGGAUCCACAGACUUCACAAGUGGAGCAAGCAACUGUACAGGAUGAGAAUAUGGAGGGUAUGGACGGAGAACAGAUGGAGGGCAUUGCGCAAGAGGGGAUGGAAGGUGUGGAGCAAGGCCAGAUGCAAGGUAUUGAGCAAGCGCAGGCUACUGCCACACAGCAACCCAAUGGUGACGACACAGUGCCCACGGCGAAUCAUGACGCUCGGUAUUGUCCAUGUGGUCGCGGUCUCGACGAUGGCAAGUGUCGGAACCGGACCUGCCUACACGAGAAAGCACGUGUCGAUCGUACGCUUGCUGCAGCCGACGCCAAGGUCACGAACUCGACGACAGUGACUGAUGCUGAGUCCAAGAGCCCCUGUCCUUCAUGUAGCUCUCGGCGCGAUGGGGACUUCUGCGCCAGCUGUCUCGCGCGGGAUUUGAAAGUUUUCACCGACAGGAUGCCAGCCGACAUCGACAACAGCGUCGCGUAUACGAAGUGCGUUGCCUGUGACUGGUUCUACUCGGGCACGAUGUGCUCUAAUCAAGACUGUCCAACGCGGGAACACGUCGGCGAGGAUGGCAACCCCAACGUGCAGUCGUCGGAUGUUGCCGAGACAGGACCGGCGCAUGCGGAAGAUACAGGCAUGGAGGAUGAUCUUGGCUCUACAGCAGUAGAAGAUCUUGAGCCGCUCAACACGCAGGAAGACGGGCCAUUUGGAGAACCAUCACGCGACCAGUGCGAAACGCAAAAGGAGCUUGCUACGCGAAAUGAGGCGAACACCAACCUUGUCAGAAAGACUGUGGCGUUGAAGAGGCAUCUCAAGGCUUCAAAAGCGGCGGCGCGCUCUGCUUUGAGCCAUGGUCAGAAGCAACACGACAGGGCGAAGACAUUGCUUGAUCACGAGGAGAAGCAACACGCUAGGACCAAGCAAUUGCUCGACAAUAUGGUCGAGACUGAAAUUGACCGCGUGGCAGAGAAGAUGAGCUGGUUGGGGAAGAAAUCUGCUCUUGAGAGCGAAUUGCGAGACUCACAGCUGACGAUCGAGGAGAUGCAGGAGAAGUUGAACAUGAAAGACAAUCUGGUGGCCCAGACGAUCGAGGAUAUCAAGCCGCACUUUGCUGAAGUUGAGGCACUUUCACAGAAGACAAAGUUGCUCGAGGUGAGUAACAAGCGCUUGACUGAUCAGCUGGAGCAGCAGCGAGAGACCACAGGUCGAGUAGUACGAGCGCUAAAAACCGCCGACACCUUGCUGGAACAUGCUCGGAAAGAUAUGUCGGCAAUGAAGCAAGAGCUCGGCGAGGCACUCGAGAGCUUUGAAGCAAAGUCUCAAGAGCAGAACGAGAUUGUGGUCGAGCUCAAGAGGAGACUAGUCGUGAGCGAGCAGACCGCCGGGCAGUCUAACUCCACCCAAGGAGCAGGUGCAUCUGCCAAGCCAGAUAUCUUUGGCACGCACAAAACGCCUGCGGAAAAGGAGAUCAAACAACUGGAGAGGAACAAUGUGAUACAAGCGCAGUCUCUGAAGUUUGAGAAAGACGCGCGUGAGAAGGCCGAGCAACAGCUCGCUACAGCAAUCGAAGAGAAGAGAAAGAAGGAAGAGAAACUUGGGAGGAUUGCGCAAUGGUUUGCAAAGAUGGUCGACAGCCGCGUCAGAUUCGAGGAAAAGAUGGAAGGCAUCAAGGGCGGAUGGCAGCAUCGUGGAAGCCUGAAGCCGCGAUCACAGCAAUCACAGCGGUCGGCGCAGCCGAAGAAAUCUCAGCCAACUCCUACCUCAUCAGGUCAAUCGGUUAGUACGGAGGCCAACAAGGACAAUGAGACAGACCCCUUCGUGCAAUACAUACAGACGGCUCAGAGUUGGCUUCGAGAGGGCGCAAGAGACACGAUACGUCAGACAAUGAUGAGCAAAAUCGACGAUCUGCUCAGGAAGAAGUACACAAAUGCCAACUUCGACAAAGAACAGCUUGCAAAGGCAAAAGCGGCUGUUCCAUCACCUUGGAUCCGCCAAUUCGCAGAGAUCAUCGACACUGUGCACGACACUACAGCCGGUCAAAAGAGGUUGAAGGAUGCCAUUAACGAUCUCGGGAGGAACAGGGACGAGGCUCUGUUGAAGGCCGGACUAGCGAUUCCGGGGCCGGUUCAGUUGACCAAGUCGUGA